CAGACUUCAGACAUCCCUUGGAUCUGUGAACGUCAACAUCUGUGUCGGAGUAUUAUCGUCCGUGACGGCAGACAAACAUUCAUAUUUCGUGUGUCGUUGGUCUUGACUCGACCACUUUACAGUAGCGGUGGAGCUUGGUCGGCAUACAAUUGUGCGGACGAUCAACAUUAAGCUGUCGAGCUUCUACAGUAGCGUCAGCUUAAUUGGGUACGGUACUGGGACUGGUAUUUGGGACCUUGUUUACCACCACCACGUCAACAACACAACAUUCCACCAUGGCAGCUGUUACACGUCAACCAUUUGCUCCCAUCGAGGGACCUCGCCUACAGAAUUUGACGAGCCUCAAGAACAGACAGAAUGCCGUCGCGAUAGCAUCACCAGUCAAGCGAAAGGCUUCCGACAUUGACACAGACGACUCGGAGAACGUUGAUCCGGUGCUCUUCUCUAAGCGAUCCAAGGGCUCGAGCUCCGACGGCUUUUACCCUGCCAAGGACUUCAUCAAGCCUGCCAGCUUUAUCCUCACCAAGUCUGCAUCUCUCAGCACCAUCACCGUCACCACCUCUCCUAAAGUCGCGACGCCUCGACCGCGAACCCUGCUCAAUCCCAAGUCGCCCGCUGCGAGGCUAAACACAGGCAUUGUCAAGUCUUCUCCUCUUUCCGCCCCUGCAGGUCGCUCGCCUACUCGUGGCAAGCGCGCUGGUCUUCUCUCCUCUCGCCGGCGUACGGCUGGGCCCUACACACGCGUCGACCCCCCUAGAUUCAGCCUCGGCUCCUUGUCCAGCUCCUCGGCCGCGCCGUUCUCCUUGGAUGCCGCCCUGAAGGGUACCAUUCCCAGCUACACAGGUCGCAAUGCAUCCCCCAAAGAAUCCUCUAGUCGGUCCUCUGGCCUCGACGAUCUUCAUGGUUCGAGCAACAAGUCAGACUGGUUCUUUGACAUCCAUGAAGACACUCCCGAACAGGAGAUGACCAACUUGCUCCAGCACAGCACCUGCGUCUUGGACAUCAGCUCAGACGAGGAGAGCGAAACCCGCCUUCUGAGGGAGCGCGCCGAGGGCAAGGAAAACGUGCCUCCUGUCGAUGACGUCUCCCAAACGUCGCGGCCGAGGACAGCCCGGGCGGUGGACGCCGACGAAAUGAUCUUCGAGAAGGAGCGCAAUCCUCUGGGUGAGAUGAAUGUCAGGGACUUCUACGCCGAGGGUUGCGACGAGUCAAGCAUCAUCAUCGUCCCCGGUGACGACGACGAGGAAGCCAAGACCGAGUACGAGUUCGCGCCGGACGCUCCCGCUGAGGAGCCUGCGAUAGCAAUGCCCGUGUCGGGAGAGCCGUCCCUGGUAGUAGCAGAAGAUGGUACCAAGACUCUCGACGAGUUGAUGCUGAAGACAGAAGAGUCGGCUCCGACGGCCGCCGUCCUGCAACCAAUUGAGGGCACUGGCGAGAGCUUCGAGGUCUGGGAAAGCGGCAGUGCCCAAGAUGAGACGGAGGCAGUUGUCGCUUGCUGACAUGUGGAAAUGAGAAUCAUGAUGGAUAUGAUGACGACGGAAUGUGGCUGACCUAAUAC